AUGGCACCUGAAGCUCUCGAAGCCAAUGUUUACACAGUAAAUAGCGAUGUUUGGUCUUAUGGUAUUUUGCUUUGGGAGAUCAUGACACUUGGAGGAACUCCAUACCCUUCUAUUGCAAUGCCCCAACUUUACAAUCUCUUAAAAGAGGGAUAUAGAAUGGAAGCACCUCAUAAUUGUCCUGACGAGAUUUAUGGUGUAAUGGUCAGUUGUUGGCAAGAAAGGCCCGAAGCCCGUCCAGCAUUCCAAACUAUUGGAGAUUAUUUUGAAUGGAUAAUAAAAGAGUCUGAAAAGACUGCUGAUAUUUCGAGAAGUGAAACAGAAAAUGGAGGGGAAACAACAGAUGAGGGGCCCUAUGCAGUAAUUCCUGAAGGUAGUCAGGAAGACAGAAAAGGGCCUGGUGGGGGUGGGAAUAAUGGAAAUGGAUUUACUGGAAUGAGGAUUGGAAAUGGGAAAGAGAAAAGUAUGUCUAGGCCAAUGUCUGCUCCAGGGCUUACGAGUUUUGAGUCAUUUUCCCAAGAGGGCAUAAUAGCCUCUACAACAACAGUCCUAACAUGUUGUGAAUCUUCUGAUAAUGAAAGUACAAACAACACAAACAGUAGCAGUACAUUAAAUGCUACUCGAAGGGAUGUCAUCCAAAUAAAUACAGACAAUAAAUCAGAAAGGAGAAGGUCCUUAUUGGAACAAUUAAAAAAAGUUGUUUGGACAGGAAGUAAUGCCAGUAAUAAUGAAAAUAAAUUAAUUGAAGUAGAAGAUGAGAAGGAAAUACAAGAACAAAUUAGAAGGAGAAGAGGACAGUUACAACAACAGGAGGGUAUUGAAAUUAGUGAUGAAGCUAUUUAUAAUAAUUUCCAACCAGUCUCAAAUUUCUACGCAAACACGCCAACUCAGAGCUUGAUGUUUCAGCCUUGUUCAUCUACAGCAACAUUAGAUAUAGUACAACCAAUUAAUGAACAAUCAAAACAAAAUCCUUUACUUCAACAACCUCCACCCCCUCCACCGCCUUCACAUACAUUACCUCCGACAUCCAAUCGACCAAAAAAGAAGUCGAGUGCUUCGGAACAUGGAUUAAGAAUACGUGGGGUUUUCCAUGGUAAUCCUCAAAGAAAUAAUAGAAAAAUACGGGCGAAAAUAAUACUCCAACUUUAUACAUAA